AGCUGCGGCCGUUGAUGUUGUUCUCAUGCAGAUAGAGAUCUACUGAAACUGCGCGCCGCUGUCCUGGUCACGACAGUGUCUCUGUUUCCCUGUCAAAGUCACUUCAGCUCGUCUUGUCCCGUCUAAUAUGGCGUUUUCACGAAAAUGGAAAUAGUGUUCAGCCUUGUUUCGUUAACCGUCACCAAGGUGUUGCAGUUUUCUGGACUCGUCGACAACGGGAAUGUCCUGAAGACCAAGAAGAUGGAGGAAAAAGCGUUAGAAGUGUACGAUGUGAUCCGAUCGAUCCGGGACCCGGAGAAGCCCAACACCCUGGAGGAGCUGGAGGUGGUGACGGAGAAAUGCGUGGAGGUCCAGGAGCUCGGAGAGGACGAGUACCUGAUUAUUAUCAAGUUUUCUCCCACCGUCCCUCACUGCUCUCUGGCCACUCUGAUCGGCCUGUGCUUACAAGUGAAGCUGCAGAGAUGUUUGCCUUUUAAACAUAAGCUGGAAAUUUACAUUUCUGAAGGAACCCAUUCUACUGAAGAGGACAUUAACAAACAGAUCAACGAUAAAGAGCGAGUGGCAGCUGCCAUGGAGAACCCGAACCUGAGAGAGAUCGUGGAGCAGUGCGUGACUGAGCCCGACGACUGAUAGAGGAAGAACCGCCCAUCUGAAGCUAACACCUUGGAGCUGCAGAGUGUGUGUUUGUAUGAGUGCAUGUGUGUGUUUCCACAGUGCCUGAGGAUAUUUUUCAGAGGAUUCCCGAGCGUCGCUGUCUGAUGGCAGAGGCUUGUGUCGGCUCUGGGGAGUUUUGCGGGUGUUAAUGGGAUUUUUUUCUGAAGAGUCUCCAUUAAUAUGGUUGAAUACUGAGUGGUGAAUAAAAGCCAGGGUGGAAGCUGCCACAAAGCGACAGAUGUGUUUUGACUUUCUCAUCAUUCCCUGCUGAACGUCCUCACUGUGAACAGCAGCAGGUCUUUGUUGCUCGCUGCUGAGUUCUGCUGAAAGGCAGCACCAGACGCCGCAGAGGAAACGGGCCAGAAAAAACAGGAAACGCCUCCUGUCCUACUUCCAUUUCAUCCUCCAUCCCUCUGCUUUUCCUCCUCUAUUCAAACAGACUCUGGAAGGCGAGAGGAGGAUCUGCCGCUUUAUCCUCUUUUUCGCACAGGAAAGCAGAAAGAAAUGCAUCAAGAUGUUUGAUGUUUUCCUGUGGUGACUGUUUUUAGAAGUCUGGCCUUUUGUAAAUGCACUCAGGUGAAUCACUCAGUCAGUCUGAGUAGAAAUAUGAUUCUUUAGAUGUGAUUACUUUUUUAAGAAAGGAUGUGAUGUACAGAAAAAUCUGGUAAUAAAAGCUACAUCAAGGAGAA